GUUGACAUAUGCAAAGAAGUUUCUUUGCUGCGAAAAAUUUAGAUUUGUAAUUUGUUGUAAAAUUGCCUUCUACUUGGGGAAACGCAAGAUAAUUCGAGUAAUUGGAAAGGACAGUAUGGACUACACGUUGACUUCAAGUGAACAAAAGGACACCAAGCUACUUCUAACGGUCGAUCAAGCAGGUGCGGAAGAUUUGGUCAUUUCAGAAAAGGAAAAAUCAUUUUAUGAUGUGAAAAAUGCUGAAGGGGUAGUACAGUAUCGUAUAGUUAACAUUGCGCGUGGGCCUUUGCAGAAUGUGAAUAACUCUUCCUCAUCGACAAACUCAAAUCCAAUCCAAGGAUGUCAAUUUUAUGUAAUCAACGAGUUGAAUGAAGAACAUUCCAAUCUCAAGCCUGGCAAACCUAUUCCUCGUAGACAGCCGGUCUAUACUAGCAGGAAGCAACGUGAUGAGGAGAAGAAAGCAACCCACAAGGAAGUAGAGAGACGAAGGCGUGAUAGAAUGAACAAAUUGUUAUCUCGGCUGAAAGACCAAUUGCCUGACACUGCGGGGGCAGGAUCCUGUAAUGCCGACUCGAAAGUUUCAAUUUUAGUUAAAGCAUGUGAAUACAUUGAAAAGAUGCAAGAAAAAGAUAAUAGUUUUAUUGUGUGCCUUGAAGAAAAUGAGAAGUUAGAAAGAGAGAACCGAAAGCUGAAAGUGGAAAAUGAAAAGUUACGGAAAGACAUUCAACGGCUGACAGAGAUGGUAGAAAGUAAAAAAAAUGUGAAGCAGGAGAAAGUGUAACUAUUAUUGUUUCAAAUAUAAGAUAGUGUUUUAUAAUAUGUUCAAUAAAAAUGAUAAAGUUUAUAAGUUAUGUUCGUGUUAUCAUAUAAGAGAUAAGAAUAUAAGCUAACUGAAACAUAUCGAGGAAAUACAUAUAUUGUAUUUACACUGCACAGUUGUGACAAUUUCAAUAUCAGUUAAAUUUAUCUUUGAUCAUUUUAAUUAGAUUAGUUUGGACUACAAUUGCAUCAUCCUUUUUCUGAUAUUGUUAAUAAAUAUAGCGCAUAUGGUUAAACAUA